AUGCGCCGUUAUUACCUGCGACUGCGAAGCUCGGCAGGCAGGCAGGCAGGGAGGCAGGAAAAUCAAAUGAACAGCUACCUAGCUGCACCCAAACUAGUUGUACUGGACAACGCACAUAUCCCCCCCCACACAGAGAUUUUGGAAGCAAUACAAAUGAGAACUAACUGGCUACGGAGGGAGCCUUCAGAUAUUCACAUUGUUGUUCAUUUAAGGCUACCAACAAAUACUUCUCACACGCUCUCCCCUCUGCGCGUCUCCUUAGCUCAUCUCAAGGAUGUGGGGAGCAUGGCCGAAUGUAUCGGGGCUGCUGCUGCUGUGGGUGGUGGCAACUUAUAG